GUUAUUCUGAAUUUUAAAUAUGUAUUUUAUACAAAAAAUAUAAAAAUUUCUUUUAUAUUACUCGUCUUUCCCAACGCUUAUCCAAGGAUGGUAUUAUUCUUGUUCUCACUGGUAACGGAAGAUGACGUUGCACGCUCGCUUCGUCUUUAGUGCGCGGUUGCAGUUUUGGAGAAACGUCAACCUUUCUUUGCGUGUACACUAAAUAGAAUUAUCCAUAAAAGUCAACAGAACGGAAAUAGGAGUCUCGCGUGAGCACGCUAGAGGCAAUAUCAAGGUGUUCCCCUCAUCCAGCCUUGUACCUGCGAGCCAGUCAUAAAUGACACCUCUGUUAUGAAAUAUAUCGGGGAAGCAAUUAAUAGGUAAUCUCAACGAUUGAGCAAUUAUGUUCACAUAUUAUUAUUACUAUUAUUAUCGCUAUCAGAAACAAUCGAUCGGUAACGGCAAUAUCGAAGAUCGCUAUUGCUUUGCAAUCUUUAUGUAAAUAGGUAGUUAGAAUAGGGUAUAACUUCAUGAUAACUUCAUUGAAUCUCAAUAAACGAGUUUCUCAGAUAUCGUGGAUUUGCUUCGAUAAAGAGUGGCAGCGGGAAAGAUGUUUCGAAGAGACACAAGUUAAGGACGAUCGGUGUCGUUGUGUAUCGAAGAUAGAUUAGAAAAAGACGUACGAAAGAGUUCGGUCAGUCUGUCAAUACGUUAUCUCACGGUCGAUCCGCUGACACGGUCCAUGGAAUUCUGGGACCAGUUCGAGAGGUUCCAACAUCGAUAUUUCGGUCCAGAGAAAGCCCCUAAUUAUCGAGAUAACGCGUGUCGCGGUGUCGAUACUGGUUACGUAUCGGAUCCCCACCUUUUUUUCCUACACUCCCACGGGAUUUUUGGAUGAUUUGUUGCCGCUGAAGGUACUUUGAAUUCUUCCCAUCCAGAUACAUGUUAAAGAAAAAUUUAUCGACCCGUCUAUAUACCAUUUACUUUGCAUUUAAUUUCUUUCAUAAAUCAGGUCAAGGAAACUCGUUACAUUGAAAUUUUAAACGUACUUGUAACUUUUUUUACGAUUCGUGUUCAUUUUGUUUAGAAAAAUUUUCAAAUCUAUCGAUCUAUAGAUAAAUCUUUUUUUCGAUUCGAAACAAACCGGUCGUUCCUACGCAAAGUAAGAUCAGUACAGACAACAGACGUUUUAUAUCCACCAACAACUUUCAUUUAGAUCUUUAUCGAUCAACUUUCACGGUGUACUCGCAUAUUGCUCUUUAUUACUUGCCUUUCGGUCCCGAUGUUUUCCCGUGAACGCAAUUAACCGAGAUUUUUUCUCACUCUCUUUCUUUUCAAUUCAUCUAACUGAAAUGGAAGAUCGUUUUAGAGGUUUGUUAAUAAAUUUUCCGCGAUAGCAUUUCCGCGUAUCUUCCGACACGUAAAUUGAAACUACAUAACGAGGUGUCUGGGCCCGUCAUUUGAUCGAAAUAAAGUUCACCCGUGUGUAGAGUCGUCAGAGCGGUGAAUUUAACUGGUUUCUCUUGAAAUUCUCCAUGGUUCGUCCCGCGUUUCGUAAUAACGCGCGGUUAAUACGCAAAAACAACGAAAAUUUGUCUUCCCUUUUUCACCGGCAAUUUCGAAUGUUCGCCUGUGAUCGUGCUCCAGAAUCGUUCUCCGGAUGCGACCUCAUUGGAACGUUUUAAGAUCUACCUUUCGUGCAACCGCGUCAAGAUAGCGCUGGAGGGAGUUGAAAAGAAAGGUGGGAAGAGAAGGGGUUUACUUUUUAUCGGGUCCGUGUCAUUAGCGGCCGCAACGAGUACUAUAAGUUCGUAUCAAGGACUCAGAAGUCGAAGAGAUCUUCGGGACCAGUGACGACGAUGACGAUGACGAGGACGAGGACGAGGACGAGGACGAAAGAUAUUAAAGUACCUACCACCGUUCGCCUUAUUAGGCCUCAUCCUCUCUUUCCCUCCGUCCUUUUUACCCCUCUCGGUCCCGAUCCUUCUGCUCUUAAAAUCAUGGCUGCACGUAACCGUCUACUGAUUAUAUGGAUUCGGCGAUGAUUUCUGAUGAUGCCCCCGACCCCCGAAAUGGUAAAAUAAUACAGUGUCGUCUCCUAGCCUGGACCCUUUCGGGUCCCGUGGGCCGGUUCGUUAGCGGGGCCUUGGCGCGAGGCACCCUGUCAUUAUGCGGCUGGUCUCCAUCACCCCCACCAGUUCCCAAUUUUCAGUGCCCCUCUACUACGCCUCGACGAAAUCUCUUAUAUAUACCUUGCUUUCUUCCCUUUUUGCCUUCUCUUUUCUCCCCCUUUCUUUUCUUUUUUCACCGCUCUAUUAUAUUCUACAGUUCAUACGGUUCCCUACAGUUAACGGAAUGAACAGAGAUAGAAACAUUGUUGUUAGAUCGAGCUUAUCUAGGAAGAAAAAUGUUCAGAUAAGUUGUUCAGAGGUUUUGUCUCUCCCUAAAAUUUACACACCCAAAUUGAGUAUCGUUCAUGAUUAAACGUCUUGCGUAUCGCGGGGCUUAGGAAGGAGAACGGAAGUUGAUGAUGGUCGCGUAACGAAAUUAUCUAUCAAGUUCUCCAUUGCGCGUCUCGAAAUCACGUUUUUUACGAAACUCGAGCGCGAAACUCUAGAGCCGCUCACGACUACUGCGGACAUUCGAAACUCGUAACUCGAUCGCGCUUGGUCUGGCUGGGGUACCAUCGUUGCUUUUCUGCUCGUAAGAAACGUAGUUACUUCUUCUUUGUCUACUUCUUCUUCUUCUCCUUCGCCUCAUCCCUUACUCGCGAGACGAAUUUUUUCAGCGAACAGGAGCAAUUCUUUUUCCCAUUGUGUUGUCACAAGGGAAGAGGGUGUACGUUACGAAAAGGUUUAAAUGAAUACUAGCUGUCUUUGAAUUGCACUUGGCCAUUCGAACUUCUGCCAAGAGUUGCCUAGAUCUUUUUUUUUUCUUUUGCUGUUUCUUAUAUACCUAUUAAAUCUUUUUUUAAAUUCGAUUCGAUUCGAUCGAAGUACGUUUACUGGUUUUAUCAUUGUUCCGCGGUAAAGGGUGGUUUCGUGGUAACGAUGGAAAGACACGUUGGAGCGCAGAAUUCUUUCUUUUCGAAAAAGUUUGUGAUAUUUCAUGUUUGAACGACUCGUCCUUGGAAGCAAGUUGAGAGGGUGUAGGUGGUCCUCGCGACUGGCAAUCAUUUCGCUUAAUGAUGAGAACUUUUGUCGGUCCUUUCCUCUCCUAAACCUCGGAUUAUCGAGUCGUGCUCUUUCCUCGUAUCCACACAGACCACUCUGCUUCUUUUCACUUCUUCUUCUCUAUCUCCUCUUCCUUCUUCUACCUUUAUUUCCGAGCUCUGUAAUUUUCCCCUAGCGGCCAUGCCACCAUGCCGUGCCGAAAUUGGUGUACGCCGACAAGAUUUCGUAGAAAUCCCCGACGUUCCUUAAUGGGAAGCCGUCUCUGAACGGUGACAAUGGCACUUCUGUUGCGGCGCUUCUCUCUUUCUCUUGAAACGGGUACAAAACAUUAAAAAAAAAAAAAAAAGAGGAAGAAGAGUAUCGAUGCAAUGAGAGGAGCUGGAAAAGAGGGAGGAGGCGAAAGAAGAAGGAAGAAUCGCGAGAGUCGAAGAGAAUUAGGAGGACAAUCGCGAAGGAAAUAAGGUCGAGAAAAAAAUGUUGACUAUAAAGAAGAGGGAGGAGGAAGAGGAGGAGGAGGAGAAGAAGAAGAAGAAGAAGAAGAGUCUGUCGUCGAUAUCUUGCUUUCGGCCCGGCACAGAUCAACGCGAGGCAUGCGAUUCGGAGUCGAGAACGACUCGAGACAACGUACGCGAUUCUUCGAACAAAAGCGAUCGAAAGACGCAAAUUUAUUCCGCUUUUAUCUUGCGAGCAUACUUUUGUGCAUCGCGCGGCAUCGUCGAGAAUGACGAAUUGUAACGGACGAUGACUACGAGAAAUUUGGUCUUCUAGAGAAUCUAUUACGUUAGUGUUUAUACAACUUUCAAUGACGUACUAUUGCGUUGCCACAAUUAUUUUCAAAGAGUCGAGUUUCUUUGGUCGGGGUGAACGCGUUACGCGAUUCGUGGUCGGAACUGUUUCCGGCACCCGGUAUCCAGCACCUGCGAAAGAUCGGACCGUGUAGCCGAUGCCUGAGCAAACAAUACGAACGAUGAUGCACCGUCUCGAGCGCAUUGUCCGUAGCGAGUGGUAGUAGGCGGCGGAUUUAUCUGCCUACUCGUAGAGUCAGGUAGAGGAGUCCAAGGGUCCUCGACCCAGGAGGAGACGCGUCGCGCGAGCCGACGGAACCGAUGGAUCUCUUCCUUUCGUUUUGGCGCGAUUUCGCCGCGAUCCCGUUGAUCGUCACCGAUCUAUCUCUCCGUCCAUAGACUGCUAAUUAUUUCAAUACAUCACGAGCAAUGGAAUCGCAGAAGACGCCUGUGCGCGCGAUAUCGAUGGCGAAGGCGGCUGCGCACUAAUCUGAAUUCUUGGCGCAUAUGAAAUUCCAGCGCGUGCCGGUAAAAGAAGAAUUCGUUAAUUUGUUCGUUUUUCAUCUUUUUUUUUUUUUUUGAGGGGCAGGGCCACGCUUUUAGAUUCUUGGUCUCGCCCGUCGCAUCAUGAGUCAUCGGUGAUGCACAGAAUUAUUAACCAAAGAAUUUAUCACUUACGCUGUACCUGCGCGGCGACGGUAAAUCAUCGGUGAUCUAUGCGCGCACCGUUGCGAAAUAUAUUAUCGAAGCACGCAAUUAUUCUGAAAAGCAGAGUUCGAGACGCUGUAUCGUCGCGAGGUAUCUCAUGCAUCAUGCAACUAACAUCGGCCUCAUGCCCUCCCAGGGGAUGUGUUAACAGAUCGUCAAAAUUAAUGUGCCGCUUCCUGUUAACAUGCAAAUUUCUCCGACCUUUAAAUGCGAUCUACUCGGCGAAACUCGGUCCAGCGAAACUGUGUUUACAGGACACGUCGCGAUUCGUAUGAACGGGAAAGCACUCUCGUCAACAAAUUUCAACGAAUUCGGCGCAAGAAAGGAAAAAUUGCAUUCAGCGUGCAAACAAUGUGGAAUCUUUCUCUCGUCGCGUCACGAAAUUCCAGGACCUUUGGCACGGGCGUAGAAGAUGCUCGUAGGGCUGAGCGCGGAAUGAGCGCCGAUGGUAAGUCGGUUCUUCGCAUACCGGGCGCUCAGGUAGGUAGGAAGGCGGCGAACGAGCUAAAUGAAGAAAGAAAGGAAGAAAGAAAGAAAGAAAGAAAGAAAGAAAGAAAGAAAGAAAGAAAGAAAGAAAGCAGGGACCUACGACGGGAAGAGCGAGAGUGAGAAAGGGCGAGGAAGAAGAGGAGGGAUGAAGAGAAGCGUAGAAGGAGGCCGAAGCAGGCAAGGAAGGAAGCGGUGGAGCGAGCGAGCAAACAAGCAGAGAGUUUGGUAUAGUCUAGCUGCUCGAUGCCGCUCGGUGCGCUGAAUGCUGAGGCCCCGGCAUAUCGGGCCCCUGUACUACCGCUCCCCUCUCCAAGAUGGCCGCCGUUCGGGUCCAGCCGGGUCCCCCUGACCGAGCCAGGCCGAGUCCAGCGAGUCAGGGGAAGGGUAGGCCUUGCAGGUGCCGCCAUGUCAGUGCAUGCCUAACCUCGAAGCCGCGCGGAACGGACGCUGGGCCCAACAACGCGACACCUCGUGCUACAUCUUUGCUUCUCGCUGCAACUCUUUUUUUCUGGGCCGAGAGUAGGCUACGGUCGAUUGUAAACGGGCCGGGAACACAAGCAACCUUCCGCACGAUCGCGUUAAUCGGUGUCUCAGCGAAUACGGAGUGCUCCGGACGAUCGAAGCGAACAGCGAAUCGCGAGAAAAGGUGUAGUAACCGAGCAACAAACAGGAGAUUGCUCGCGACUCGGAGCAAACCUACGUCCUACGAGAUAAGCGAGAAAACUUGUCGUCAGGUAUACGCGUUUCUGUGCGGUUCUUCGACGAGGUCAGGCGAGCCGGUUGAUCGUCGCGCAUCAUUUUUUUCAUCUCGUGUCUCGCGUGUGUCGCGCGUGACAGUUUCGGAGCACGGGUGACUACUAGGCGAACGGGAACGCUGCAGCUCUUUCUCUCUGUUGACGCGAAUAAUACGCUCGAACGCAAGGUAAACUCGACUGCAACUGGUCCAGCCUGCUUGUUCACUUCCGAGAGGAUCGAUCGACGAUCCAAGACGAGUGGAGGGGAUCUCCGAUAAAACAUGAGAAAAGGAAGCGCACAGUGGACAGCGUGAAUUACGAAGGAAAGUAGAGGGUAGAUUUUUGGAGCAAGAACCCGGAGAGCCGAGAGAUGAAGGGCGUUCGAAACGCGAGGCGAUCGCGGCGGGUUCGCGACCGGUCGUGUUGAUCGUCUAGUUAUCGGAGGCGAAUCUAACGCGAGGAAUGUACGAUAUCUCGAGGCGAAGAUAUUCCAGCAACGGAGAGGACAGUGAAUAGGGCGGCGUGUUGGCAAGAGAAAGAGGGAGAGAAGGAGAGAAACAGGACAAGCACGUACGCGUAGGUAAAAGGAAAGGGAAGGAAAGGAGAGGAUAAAACGAAGGGAAUAAGGAAGAGACCGAAGAAGGAAAGGAAGAGGGAGAACGGAGAACGGAGAACGGCGUGGAACGGUGUGUCGAGUUGGUUCACGAGUCCACCACAGGAAUUUCCACGAGUUGUCGAGGCUCUCCGUAAACUGGCGUGUUUGGUAAACUAGCUCAGCUCGGUCACACCGCUAAGAAGGACGAACGUAGCGUCGUGCGUGGCGCGAGUGAUCGCGAGAGGAGAAACGAACGGAUCGUACGUGAUUGUGCUUGGUGCUGGUGCUGCUAGUGGGUGAUAAAUGUGCCGGUUGAUCGCGUACACGCGCUCCCUUCCGUCGGGAUUAUAACGGACGUCGGUUCGAUUGAAACGCGUACACGUACGAUUCGUAUUUGAGAAAAUAGAAAAAAGAAGAGAUUGUCAGGUCUAUCACCGUUUAAGGACGAAUGACGAGCUUUUGGAGAAACGAUGAUCUGACAAUCGCACGUUCGACGAUGGAAAGAUCGAGAUAAUAGCGCAAGACCGGGAAGGCGGAGGAGGGCGGCGGUGGCGGAGGCUCCAGGAUGCGGCACCUGCUACUGUUCCUCGUCCUGGGAGCGAGCCUCGCCCCGGGCACGUGGUCCGAGCUGGUGAGAUACUUGGAAGUGUCGGAGAACGCGCGGCCAGGCACCAGGGUAGGUUUCAUCGACGCGGACAGUCCACCCUAUUUGAUCGUGUCGGUUUCCGGCUCCGCGGUCGAGUCGGACUUGACGGUGGAUUACGCUACGGGGGAGAUAAAAACGAAAGUGCCGUUGGAUCGCGAGACAAGGCCGUCUUACAGUUUGGUCGCUUUGCCGCAAAACAUUCAGGUGGUGGUGAAGGUAUUGGACGAGAACGACAACGCGCCAACAUUUCCGGUGGAUCACGUGGACGUGGAAUUCCCGGAAAAUUCGCCUCGCGACGCGAAGCGUGCUCUACCACCCGCCAAGGACCCCGAUCUCGGCCAAUACUCGACGCAACGCUACGAGAUCGUGUCCGGUAAUCACGGCGACGCGUUUCGAUUGUCCCAACACCGAGGUAGAGACGGUGUUCUCUAUUUGGAUCUGCAAAAUUCUGGCUCGUUGGACCGCGAGGCUCGAUCCGAGUAUCAUUUGGUGAUAGAAGCGCUGGACGGUGGAGCGCCGCCGCUACGUUCGCGGCUGCGCGUCAACGUGACGGUACAAGACGUAAACGACAAUCCGCCGAUCUUCAACCAGACCAGAUACGUUGCCAGCGUGCCGGAAAACGCGACCGUCGGCACGCCGGUGCUCGCGGUGAACGCGACCGAUAGCGACGCGGGCGACAACGGACGUAUCGAGUAUUCGAUCAAUCGUCGGCAAUCGGACCGAGAGGAGAUGUUUCGCAUCGAUCCGGAGACCGGUAUGGUAUACGUGAACAAGGCGUUGGACUUUGAAUCGAAAGAACGACACGAAUUGGUGAUAGUGGCGCGGGAUCGUGGCGCGCAACCGCUCGAAGCAAGCGCGUUCCUCUCGGUACGCGUGACGGACGUGAACGACAAUCAGCCAGCGAUCACUGUGAUCUUUCUGUCGGACGACGCGACGCCCAAGAUCAGCGAGAGCGCCCAACCGGGCGAGUUCGUCGCCAGGAUAUCCGUCAGCGAUCCAGACUCGAGGACCGAGUAUUCGAACGCCACGGUCACUUUGACCGGCGGCGAUGGACAUUUCGGCCUGGCUACCAGAGACAACAUCAUCUACCUGGUGGUGGUCGAGAGGCCACUCGAUCGCGAGGAAAAACCCGUCUACGAUUUGUCCGUGGAGGCGACCGAUGCCGGUACACCUCCGCUCAGAGCUGUUCGUACUUUUCGUCUACUGGUGACGGACGUAAACGACAACGCGCCGAAAUUCGUUCAGGAUAGAUACGAGGCUCAUCUGUUGGAAGCAUCGGAGCCUGGUACACCCGUGUUGAAAGUGACCGCCACGGAUCUCGACGAGGGCGCCAAUUCCGCCAUCAAGUAUUCUCUUUUCAACACCACGUGGUUCGCGAUCGACGAAACCUCCGGGCUGAUAAGCACGAUCGCGCACGUGGACUGUGAAGCCGAUCCAGCGCCGAUUCUAGUGGUUGUCGCGACCGAUUCCGGCCGUCCGCCUUUGAGCAGCAGCGCGACAGUGCGAGUCACCGUUCACGAUCUCAACGACAACGAGCCUAUCUUCGAGAAGCCGCUGUACAACGCCACCGUUCCGGAGGAUAUGCCUGUCGGACGCUGCUUCCUCAAGGUACAAGCGACCGACCCGGAUUGCGGCGUGAACGCGAUGGUGAAUUACACGCUUGCCGCUGGAAGAAUGGAAAGCGAACAGCUGAUGGUGCGUAGCGAUACCGGCGAGAUUUGCGUCAGAACACCGUUGGACAGGGAAACCGCGCCCUAUCUAGAGAUUCCUGUCAUCGCCACCGAUAGAGGAGGCCUGAGUACCGUAGCCAUCGUGAGAGUCCAAGUGACCGACGUGAACGACAAUCGUCCAAUCUUCGAACCCCGCAAGUACAACGUCACCGUGAAAAGCGACAGUCCGAUACAGGGUGCGAUUUUGAGGUUGGUAGCGACGGAUCUGGACGCGGGACUGUUCGGUCAAGUGGCGUAUCGAAUCACGAACGGCAACGAAGCCGGUGUUUUCCAAAUCGAUCGCAACACCGGUGAGCUUCAGGUGGCGAGGCCGAGUCUGUUGUCCCGCUCGUUGCUGCAUCAAUUGAACGUAACGGCAACCGACGCGGCUGGUCUGAAGAGUACCUUCGACGCCGAAGUUCGAAUCACCACGUCAUCCCCGGGGCACAGGAUAGCCGGUUGUGACAAACCACGAUACACCGUCACGGUAAAGGAGACCAUUCCUCAGAACAGCGUGGUUGCCGGCGUGAAGGAUGGAGCCGCGUCCUCUUCGCCGUCAGGUGAACGGCCGAGCAGAUUUUAUUUGGUGAAGGAAGAACCGGAUCUAACGAUGGACCCGAGCACCGGUAUGCUUCGAAUUCGCCAGUCAUUGGAUCGAGAAGCCCGAGACAAGUACAUUUUGAGCGUCGAGGCGCGUAAUGGAAUAUCUGUGGGCUACUGUCAGCUGGAACUGAACGUGGAGGAUGUGAACGAUAACGCCCCUAUGUUCCCGAGCAGCAGCGUCCGUAUUUCCGUGCCAGAAUCGCAUCCCCUUCACACUGCCCUUUACGUGGCACACGCGACCGAUCCGGACACGGUACCGUCGCACCCUCUGCGCUACGUUCUCGGCCAGAACAGCAACGACCUGUUCGGAAUAGACGGCCGCACCGGAGAGCUGUAUCUGGCCAGAAGAUUGGAUUACGAGACCCAACAACGCCACGGACUUCUGAUAAGAGCGUUGGACAGUGCUGGCCUCUCGGCGAAUCUCAGCCUGAGCGUCGAGGUGCAGGACGUGAAUGACAACCCCCCAGUGUUCGAGAGGAACGAGUAUCACGUGGAGGUUCCCGAAGGCGCCAAGCUCGAUUCACAAAUUCUUCAGGUGACCGCGGUGGACCUUGAUACAGGCAACAACGCGAGGUUGAGUUACCGUCUUCAAGGAUCAUCCGCCUUCCGGAUCAGCCCGAACACCGGAUGGAUCUACCUGGCGCAGAUUUUGGAUCGCGAGAGUCUCGAUCGUCACGCGUUGACGGUUCUCGCGACCGAUAAUGGUUCACCUGCCGCGACGGCAAGCGCGUCCGUUCUGGUGACGGUGUUGGACGACAACGACAACGAUCCACGUUUCGAGAAGGAUUUCUACGGGUUCGAGUUGCUGGAGAACCUGCCCUCGGGUACGCUGGUCGGAUCCGUGAGCGCCUCCGAUCCUGAUCUUGGCAAGAAUGCUCUGCUCAGGUACGCGGUGGUCCAGGCAAACAGCAGCUUCACCGUGGAUCCUGAUACAGGUGAGAUUACCACGAGGGAGCCGCUCGAUCGGGAAAUCAAAGGUGUUCACGAGUUGGUGCUCGAGGCUCGAGAUCAGGGAACGCCUUCCAGGGCGGCUAGGGUGCCCCUGAAGGUUACCGUGUUAGACGUGAACGAUAACUCGCCUGAAAUAGUGGACCCUCAGGGCGACGUUGUCAGUGUCAGAGAAGAACAACCACCGGGAACGGAAGUGGCGAGGGUCAGAGCGUUGGACACCGACCUUGGAGAAAACGCAUCCGUCACUUACACCAUUCUUAAAGACCGAGAUUCGGACGGUUACAACGUUUUCACCAUCGAUCCCAUCACCGGCAUGAUUAGAACGAAGGCGGUUCUCGAUCACGAAGAACGAAACGUAUAUCGGGUGUCCGUAAAAGCGACGGACGCUGGACGGCCACCCCGGCACAGCAUACGGGCGUUAAGAGUCGAGGUUUUAGCUCUCGCGGAUAACCGGCCGACCUUCACUAGCAGCAGUCUUACCUUUAACGUGCGAGAAGACGCGAGUAUAGGACAAGCUGUGGGUUCAGUGUCGGGUGCGGGCCCAGCGGGUCGCGUGGCCUUCACCCUAGACUCGCUGACGCCCGUCAGCGAGUUUCCAGCGUUCGACGUGGACCGCAGCUCGGGUCAGCUGGUGGUCGCCCAUUCGUUGGAUCGCGAGAACGUUAGCGAGUACCACCUGGAGAUCAGAGCGCUGGACACGACAUCGAUCGGGAACCCUCAGAGCAUCGCCGUCUCGGUGAAAAUAAUCAUCGAGGACGCGAACGACAAUCCACCUCGGUGGCCUCAAGAUCCGAUAACUGUCCGUGUGUCCGAACGGGCUGUGAUUGGCUCGACGAUUUACAAUUUGACGGCCAGCGAUUUGGACAGCGGACCGAACGGCGAUCUUCGAUACGGUCUGGUGGCCGAGUUUCCGUCGAGAGGCAGCUUCGCGGUCGACUCUCUCACCGGAGCACUGACGCUCGCCAGACCGUUGGACAGAGAAGAGAGAGCCGAGUACACGUUGAUCCUGAAGGCGUCCGAUCGUGCUCCUCCCGGUGAACAGUUGGCCUCGACCGUCACCGCGAGGAUCAUCGUUCUCGACCAGAACGACAACGAGCCGGUUUUCGUCGCCCCGGAAUCCACGAAAGUGGCCGUCACGCCGGAUCUCUUACCAGGAGCGACGCUGGUGAGAGUGGUGGCGGUGGAUAAAGACGCAGGUGACAAUGGCCGUGUAUCGUACGUGAUUACAUCGGCAAACGAGCAGUCGAGAUUCUCGGUGGGUUACGAGUCUGGGAUAGUGAGCUUGGAGAGGCCGAUGGUGAGGUCGACGGAGCUUGAGAUUACGGCGAACGAUCAUGGUACCCCACCGCGAAAGUCGACUCUCAAGCUGACUCUGACGCUGGCUUCUGGACAGACCAACGGACCUCCUCGGCUACUGCUCGCCAAUCCAGUGGCUAGAGUUUCAGAGGACCUCCAGGUUGGCGCGCCGGUUCUAAACGUCGCCGGUCCUAUCAUCGCCGAUCAGGGUAACGUCACCUUCAGCAUUCCGAGCAACGUCGCAUCGGACAAGUUCGCCAUUACACCCGGUGGUUUGGUCACUCUUCGAGGACCCUUGAACCGUGAACAGACCUCCCUGUACUCCGUCCCGAUCUUGGCAAGGUCCAGCAAGCUCUUGGAUAUUAGCACUCUCGAAGUUCUAGUCAUGGACGAGAAUGACAAUAGCCCCGAGUUUCGGCCUGGCUCUUGUUAUACCCUCGCCGUUCCUGAAAACCAGCAGACUUCUGUGAUACACACGAUAGCAGCCACCGAUCUCGACGAAGGCAAGAACGGGGAAAUUUACUACAGCAUCGUUGGCGGAAACAUAGGCGCAAAGUUUAUCCUCGAUUCCGUAACCGGAAAACUAUCGAUGUCGAACUUGGACAGGGAAACAGUUUCCAAAUACGUCCUGACUAUUUCUGCAAAGGACAAGGGUCGUCCCAGUUUGGAAGCUCGCUGCAACUUGACCGUGAUCGUCCUGGAUGUAAAUGACAAUGCUCCUACGUUCGUUCCAAAUCAGUACACCGAAUCACGACCUCGUGGUGCUGUACAAAACUCCGAGUACCCUGGUUUCGGCAUACCCAAUGGUUUCCCCUACUCCUCUUCCAAUUAUCCAACCAAUUCUUAUCCUAGUAAAUACUUAGCGACCAUUUCCGAAGACGUGGCACCAGAUUCUAGCAUGAUGUCCGUAAAAGCUACGGAUCCUGAUCAAGGGGUGAACGGAAAGAUCACGUAUGCCAUUGCAGAAGAAAGCAGCUGGCUCUUCAGGGUGGAUAAUCUGACCGGCGUCAUCACUACCGCUGGCCCCUUGGAUCGAGAACGCCAAAACUCGUACAACUUCGUGGUCGUGGCCACGGACAGUGGCAAGUACGACGCUAAAAGUACAUCGAUCCCAGUUGAGAUUCGAAUAAGCGACGUGAACGACAACGCCCCGGUUUUCGCGGAACACCCUUUUCGUGCCCAUGUGUCGAUCGGCACCCAACCGGAGAAGAACAUUCUUCGAGUAGUAGCCACGGACGCGGACGAAGGGGCGAACGGAGAAAUCAUCUACUCCUUUCUGCACGAUCAAGAGAAGCCAAAAUUCAGGAUUCACCCUAACACGGGUGCGGUGACUGCGGCGUUAUCCUUGUCGCAGGAUAACGGCAAGACGUAUCACUUGGAGGUAUUGGCCAGAGACAAGGGGAACCCACCGAAGAGCACUCGAGGACUGAUCGAACUACAAGUCGGAGAUCUUGCCGAUUUGACACCGGUUCUGAAGUUCCAAAACGAAACGUACGAAGUCGUCGUUCAGGAAAAUUCUGCGGCUGGUACCGAGGUGGUUCAAGUGACUGCCGUUCGAUCGGAUGGCCGGCGACAACACGUUUCGUAUUCGUUUGGAUCGGGAAACGAGUUUCGAACGUUCUCCAUCGACGAGGAUACUGGACUGUUACGGGUAAACGAUCCUACAAGGUUGGACGCCGAGCUGUGGACCGACUUGACGGUGAAACCGACGGAAGAACAAGGGGAGGACGGUCGUACGAACUCGUGGGGAAGGUCCUUGGAGGGACAACAGUCCAAGGAGAAACCUAGGGAGAGUUCGAAGCACGUGCUUACCGUAGCUGCUAGAACCAGUGGUCCGGAUCAUUUGGAGGCGUACGUAAAGGUGGUCGUCAGGGUGUCCGACGUGAACGACAAUCCACCGGUUUUCACUCAGACCCAGUACUCGGCUACCGUGUUGGAAGGCAAUGUCAAAGGAGACUUUGUUGUCAAGCUUUCGGCCAGCGAUGCUGAUCAAGGAAUGAACAGUAGAAUUCUCUAUCAUAUCGUCGACGGCAAUCCAGACAACGCGUUCACCAUAAGUCCGCCGUACAGCGGUAUAGUUCAGACAAACAUAGUUCUCGAUCGCGAGAUCCGUGAAAAAUAUAGACUGACGAUCAUUGCGACGGAUCAAGGAAAUCCUCAGUUAACCGGUACGGCUGCCCUCAGCAUCCGAGUGAUCGAUAUCAACGAUAAUCAGCCGACUUUUCCGGAGCACAGCAUCGUCUCAGCUUCCGAAGGUACUGCGGUUGGCACGGUUCUGACGACCAUCACGGCGAACGACGUGGACAGUUCUCCGGCUCUGACCUAUCGUUUCGGCAAUGUGACCAGCCCGGGACCUUUCAGCAUCGACAAGUACGGUGGCAAGGUGGUUCUUCGUAGACGUUUGGAUGCCGAAACACGGUCCGAGUAUAGUCUUCAAGUGAUCGCCAGCGAUGGUAUUCACGAAACGACGACCAACCUGGUGGUUCGUGUCACUGAUCUCAACGACAACGCUCCUCAAUUCCAACAGUCCGCUUACAUCGCCACUUUACCUGAGGGUGGUCGGGGCGAACUGCAAGAGAUUCUAACGGUGAACGCGACCGACGACGACCUCACGGAGGACAACAGCCGGGUACGAUAUUAUCUGCAGAAAGCUACCAAAGGUUUCUCGGUGCAUCCGAUGACCGGUGUACUGACGGUUAAUCGUACCGCGAUACCGAGACCAUUGCCGAAAGAGGUGGAGCUGGCCAUCGUGGCGGAAGAUUACGGUAAACCACCGGCAUCAUCGGUCUGCUCGGUUGUCGUACGAUUAAGUAGCCUGAAGAGCACGUUGCCCGAGAAAGAGUACAAGAUCACGGUGAAGGAAAACGCGUCGAAGGGAACUACCUUGAUGAGACUGUCCGACGUGGACCUGUUGGACGGUGCGAUCGUGGCUGGCGAUGACAGUGGCACAUUCGAGGUGUCAAGAGGAAAAUUGAUGCUCUCCAAAACGCUCGACAGAGAAACGAAGGACAGAUACGUCUUGCGACUGGGUUCCAAGAACGAGAAUAUGACCAUCGGAUCGUUGGUAGGAGACGAACCUAUCACGGUAAUCGUCACGGUGGAGGACGUAAACGAUAAUUAUCCUCAUUUCUUGGAGGAGCUUCAUCAAGUGUCCAUCAAGGAAAACGCGGUUCGUGGAACGAUCGUGGCGACAUUGCGAGCCAAAGACGACGACCUAGCUGGUACAGAAGCAGCAAAUUUAGUUUACGAGAUUACUUCUGGAAACGACGGUGGCCUCUUUCGCGUGGAGAAAACUACCGGCGCGGUAUUGGUAAACGCCACGUUGGAUUGCGAUCUCGAACCGGACGUUCACAAUCUUGUGGUGAUGGCGUGCGACAGCGAUCCAAUUUCUCCUCUCUGUGCUCUGGCGAGGCUACGAAUUCAUCUAGAAGACGUAAACGACAAUUCUCCAAAGUUCCCGGUUUCCGAAUACCUAGAAUUCGUUGGGGAGAACGAACCAAUCGGAACUACCGUGUUCUCCGCUCGAGCCUCGGACUUGGAUCGCGGUAUCUUUGGAUCUCUCAACUAUUCGAUCGUGUCCGCCGCGGCGACAGGUUUCUCCGACAUCGACGACAGUUGGAAGCUGUUCGCGGUCGACGGGAAAUCCGGCACGGUCACCACGCGAGCGGUUUUCGAUUACGAGCUACGAAACAGAUACGCGUUUACCCUGAGAGCCACGGACACGGGUGGUCGAACGGCUGCCGUCAGGGUCAGAGUGGAAAUCGAAUCGAGGGACGAAUUUUAUCCUCAAUUUACCGAACGAAUGUACAGAUUCGGAAUAAAAAGUGGUGCUCAGGUGUUGCCCGGUACGGUGAUCGGUCAUGUCACAGCGACGGACCGUGACAAAGGACCGGAUGGUCGGGUGGUCUACCAGUUGACCUCGCAGCACCCCUAUUUCAAACUGAACCGCACCACCGGCGCGUUGAUCGUCAAACAGAAGCUGAUGCACAUCGACAUGGACGUGGAAGAGUCGUCGAGGCUGGUGGUCAGUGCCAGUUCAGGAAGGCAGGGCUCACUGUCAAACAUGACCGUGGUGGAGAUCACUCUGACGGACGACAGCGACGUGAACGAAGCUAGAGGAGCCACCGCGUUGGCAAACCCCUCGGACAUUAACUCUAACAUGGCUGUCGCUGCGAAUGGAGGUCUUGCCGACUGGGCUUUGGGUCUGCUGAUCGCUCUACUUCUCCUGGUGAUUGCAUUCGGUGCCAUUUUCCUAUACCUUCAUCUUCGAAAUCGGAGACACAAGAAACCCGGGACGAAACCCGGUCUGAACGGAGAGAGCAACGCGACUGCAUCCAACAGCUACGUAGACCCAAGCGCUUUCGACACUAUUCCUAUUAGAAACGUAGGCGGGGUCGGUACACCGGGAAACGGGGGUUCGGGAAACGGAAACGGGGCAGGUGGUACCGCGACCUGUCAGUUUGCUCCUCCAAAGUACGACGAGAUACCACCGUACGGUACCUCAGGUCAGUCUGGACAGCAGCAAGCUACUUCCGAAUUGUCUGGCAGCGAUCAAUCGGGCUCGUCCGGUAGAGGUUCGGCCGAGGACGACGGAGAGGACGAAGAAAUUCGAAUGAUCAACGAAGGUCAACAGACAGGGGAUUCAGCUAGCGAUUUGUCGGUGCACAACACUCAGGAAUACUUGGCCAGGUUAGGAAUCGUCGAUCCCCCGGCUGGUACACCGAGAAGGCCUCCCGAAGCUCUGCCACUCGAUAGCCUGCAUCUGUUCGAAGACGAGGCUGCUACCGAAGCAGACAUCGCUACUUUAAUUUACGGCAAGAUUGGCGAACCUGGCAGACCCAUGUCCGGUUUAGAAGUGCCCGGUGGUCCGUCCAUGAACGGUUCCUUGAGCUCCAUCGUGCACAGCGAGGAGGAGCUGACGGGUUCCUACAACUGGGACUACCUGCUGGACUGGGGACCCCAUUACCAACCCCUGGCUCACGUAUUUAGCGAAAUAGCCAGGUUAAAGGACGACGCUGCCAGCGUUCAGAGCGGAAACUCGGGAAGCAGCGGCAAGACUAAGUCUGUACAUAAAGCACCACCUCCCCCGUUGCUCACUUCCGUUGCUCCUAGGUCUUUGGCGGCUCCAGCGUUAGCAAGGGGUAUCCUUCCUAGGUCUCCGAUCAGUCAUGACGCUUCCACCUUCCCCUCUGCCGCCCUCAGUCCGAGUUUCUCACCGUCCUUGUCUCCUCUUGCCACUAGAAGUCCCAGUAUCAGUCCUUUGGUGCCACCUACCACCCAGAGGUCCGGUCAAAACGUGAAUAGGGGUAUUCCAGUUACCGACGCCGAACUGAGGAUUUGAAGGUACUUUAAAGCGAUCGUUUGAUCGCGUCAGGUGUUAGUAUUAGUCGCGUGUAAUCGAUAGCCGGAGAAAAUCACGCGCGAUGCUUUAGAAAAUGUACUGACCGCGCGUUAGGAUAAAUUCGAUUUUGUGUGAUUUCAGCGUGUAGCGUGUAUAAAAUAGAGACUCUAAGCUGACUGACCUUCGACGGGAUUCUCGAAGGCGCCUAGGUGCAAAGAACUAACUUUAUAACUCUUCUCGUGAUAGACAAACGCCUCUUUUACGCUGUUAGAAUCGAAGCAAAUUUAUUGUAGAUAACCAAGUCGUCCCGCAAUAACCCUAACGAAUAGAGCGUACUUGAAGUCUGCGGAAAAGAGGCGAUUGAGUCGAUAUUAUUUCUUUAUACUUUACUUUUCUUUUUGUACGAUACGACUGUCACUUGCCGUUUCGAUCGUCGGUCGGAUCGAUAACCGAAAAAAUACUCGAAGUCCUUGUAAAUAGGAGGUGCCAACGCGAGCGCGUAGUUUUUAAGUAAUCCUGUACAUAUUUAUCUAACGAACGGACAGAAAGAAGCAACGAUCGCGUCUUAUAAUCAAAAGGAUAGACUGUCUUAUCGUAAAGGAACUCGAUGUUUCGUGCCGUGCUCGGUAAAACUCGCCUGUGUACAGUGAUGUAUAAUGUUGUUUAGAGAACGGAACGCGUCGUUCGAUCGUUUUCACGAGCAGGGUAAGUAUCAUCGGUUCAAAAUGCGGCGUCACGAGCGAACUGAUCAUUCCGAUAUUCGUGAUCGCGCACCUCCACCUCUUUUAAACCGUCUCCAUAUAAUUUGUCUACCUUCCGUGUUCGUCUUUCGCGUGGAAUCUCGAUAUUAGGGAAGACGAAAUUUCUGCCAGGUACAUGCGCAUAAAUGUUAGAGGAUAGAUAUUGUCAUAUUUUGUAUAAAAACGAACUCUUUGUACAAAGACUCCCCUGUGAGCCAGGGAUUCGCCUAAACGGUGGAUCUUAAAUAAAUGAAUUUUUUAGGAAA